AUGACAGACGUUGAUGCCUAUCGGGAUGCGGAAUACAUCGGCGACGUGUCCGGCAUAUCCUAUGACGAUGCGGAGCCCCCAAGGCCAACAGGCACGCUCAGUAGCCAAAACGCACGUGUGAAGAAAGUCAAGUCGACUGCCAAAGUCGCCUUCAUUGAUCGAUUGCUGCGCGACCUCGAUAUAUUAAUUUAUUGUCAACUCUCCGCCCUGUAUUACAUGGACUGCUCGAUUAUCCUAUUUGCCUUCCGUGCCAUCGUCGAACUGAUCUUCUUUACGCCAAAAGUACCCCCCUUUGAGCCCACACGCAAUCAGCCGUUUGUUGGCGUCAUCAUCUGCAGUAACCUCAUCUGCAUGCUCUUUCAUGCCUUCCUGAUCCGUCCCGAGGCUAGCGAGGAAACACGCGGCUACCUACACGGGGGGCUGUUCAUUGAUUUCAUCGGGCAGGCUCCCGUCUCUGUUUACCGGCUUCUCUCGUUCGACCUUGUAAUCUUUCUAAUCGAGUUUAUCAUGCUGGGCUUGAUCAUCGAGCGGGUGAAGACUAAUGGGACCCCCGCCUUAACCCCUACAACACCGAAUACAGAUUCAGCGACAAAUACAACCACGAAUACAACCACAAAUACAAGCCCAGAUGCGGAGUCCCAAUCACAAGACCAUGACGCCGAAGAGCGUGGCACUCUACGCCAAGAGGAUAGCGAUGAAACAACAUCCCCCGCUCAUUAUAGUUCCGAUUCACAUCACAGUAGCGGACUCGACGAGGAGGUUGAAGAAGAGCGCACAACUCUCUUGGCCGACCCGGCCGACACUGAAUCUGGCAGUGGCGCUCGGGGCGAGCACCCGAUGGAUGAGUUCGCCGCUGGCGAGGCUGUCAUUGUCAAUAUGAGCUUCCUAGGUACAAUUCGUGAUCAGUGGCGCCAUUCAAAUGCGCAGGCGCCGCCGACGUCGGGCUUUGUACCAUCUCCCGAAACGGCAACCUUCCUCCGCCAGCGCUUUGGUCUCCAGGUUGGGACUAAUGGUCGCAUUGAGCGUGCAAAUCCAAUAUGA